UCACCAGAUAUCUACGUACUUUCAACUUUCCCUCACGGUACUCUCCAAUAUAAUUCAAUGCAUUAGAACUUAGCCUUAGAGGAAAGUCCCCUAUAAUUCAGGUAGGUCCAUAUUUAAUCCACGGAAUACACCCUCAUGCAAUGUACAAACUGCAUCACCUCGAUGGAACGAUCCACAAAGGUACCACUCACGGAAAUCAAUUACGCAUAUACAACCCCCAAUGUUGAAUACCCAUUUCGUUACUAUACCGUUCUAUUUCGCCACUACUUCGCUAUCAUGUUAACUCUCAAGCAUCCCAUGAACUCCUGCACACUUUUCCCUCUCUUGACCAACGAACAUCUUCAUCUGGAGCCUCAAAAGCUACAAGAAGUCGAGGAUAAUGGUGUCCACAUAAAGGCUAAAGCAGAAAUGGAUAAACUUAAAGAUGACCUCCGGGACAGCUACAAGGCCUAUGGACGAGACCUACUUUGCACAAUGGACAAACGGAUUCUGAAGCAGAAUCCGCGAGGUGCGAAACGAAGUCGAAAACCUAGGCGGAAUCGAGCCGUUGGGAAGAUCAGCGAAUGGCAAUUCAGCAGCCAUAGCUCACGAUUCCAGUUCUUUGAGAACUUCGAAGAAUGAAGAAGCCUGGGACAAGCUUGAUCGCCCUCCCAGAAUGUGUUGAGAAAAUUCUCAUCCUGCGGUUUGCGGUCCGUCGGUGCCUGAAUUUUUCCUGUUCCCCUUUUUCUCGUUUUUCCCCUUUUACCUUUUUCGCCAUUUUGCCCUUUUUGCCUUUCUCGUUUUGUUUGUUCACUUUCUGAAUUUCAAUCUUCCGCUCUUUGCACUUCGCGUGCAUACUUUAAUUAUUCGCCUAAAUAGACCAAUCGCAUAUAUAUAGACC